CACGGAGCCCGGCGAGUCGCUGGGGGAAGCUGGGCAGAGACCGGGAGGAACCGGAGCUCAGGGCGCGGAUCCCUCAAGUCGGUGCCUGGCAGGUCGGAGUCCGAACGUUGAAGCAGGGGCCUGGAGGGCAGGAGCGUGUGACAGGGGUCUCUGUUGCCGGUGGAGGUGACCAUGGCCUCCAUGUUGCUCACCCGGCGGCUGGCCUGCAGCUUCCAGCACAACUACCGCCUGCUGGUGCCCGGAUCCAGACACAUCAGUCAGGCCGCAGCCAAAGUCGACAUUGAAUUUGAUUAUGAUGGGCCUUUGAUGAAGACGGAAGUCCCAGGGCCUAGAUCUCUGGAGUUAAUGAAACAGCUGAAUGUAAUUCAGAAUGCAGAAGCUGUGCACUUUUUCUGCAAUUACGAAGAGAGCCGAGGCAAUUACCUGGUGGACGUGGAUGGCAACCGGAUGUUGGAUCUUUAUUCCCAGAUCUCCUCUGUCCCCAUAGGUUACAACCAUCCUGCUCUCAUGAAACUCAUCCAACAGCCUCAAAAUGUGAGCACAUUCAUCAACAGACCUGCCCUCGGAGUCUUUCCUCCUGAGAACUUUGUGGAGAAGCUCCGGGAGUCCCUGCUCUCAGUGGCUCCUAAAGGCAUGUCCCAGCUCAUCACGAUGGCCUGCGGUUCCUGCUCCAACGAAAACGCCUUCAAGACCAUCUUCAUGUGGUACCGGAGCAAGGAAAGGGGCCAAUCGGGUUUCUCCAAGGAAGAGCUGGAGACGUGCAUGAUCAACCAGGCCCCCGGGUGCCCCGACUACAGCAUCCUCUCCUUCAUGGGUGCCUUCCAUGGGAGGACCAUGGGUUGCUUAGCGACCACGCACUCCAAAGCUAUUCACAAGAUCGACAUCCCUUCCUUCGACUGGCCCAUUGCACCAUUCCCACGGCUGAAGUAUCCUCUGGAAGAGUUUGUGAAAGAGAACCAACAAGAAGAGGCCCGUUGUCUAGAAGAGGUGGAGGACCUGAUCGUGAAAUACCGGAAGAAGAAGAAGACGGUGGCGGGGAUCAUAGUGGAGCCCAUCCAGUCUGAGGGUGGAGACAACCACGCAUCGGACGACUUCUUCCGGAAGCUGAGGGACAUCUCCAGGAAGCACGGCUGUGCCUUCUUGGUGGAUGAGGUCCAGACCGGAGGAGGCUGCACCGGCAAGUUCUGGGCCCACGAGCACUGGGGCUUGGAUGACCCAGCAGACGUGAUGACCUUCAGCAAGAAGAUGAUGACCGGGGGCUUCUUCCACAAGGAGGAGUUGAGGCCCAACGCUCCUUACCGGAUCUUCAACACGUGGCUGGGGGAUCCGUCCAAGAACCUGCUGCUGGCUGAGGUCAUCAACAUCAUCAAGCGGGAGGACCUGCUGAAUAACGCGGCCCAUGCUGGGAAGGUCCUGCUCACGGGACUGCUGGACCUCCAGGCCCGGUACCCCCAGCUCAUCAGCAGAGUGAGAGGACGAGGCACCUUCUGCUCCUUCGACACGCCAGAUGAAUCCAUACGGAAUAAACUCAUUUCAAUAGCCAGAAACAAAGGCCUGAUGCUGGGGGGCUGCGGCGACAAAUCCAUCCGCUUCCGUCCCACUCUGGUCUUCAGGGACCACCACGCACACCUGUUCCUCAAUAUUUUCAGCGACAUCUUAGCCGACUUCAAGUAAAGAAGCCAUUUCCUCCACGCUCUGAGGAAGCCCUGAUCUCACCCCUUGUCAAAUUGAUUAGUUUGCCUAAUUCAUGUUUUCACUUAAAGUAUCAGAGGUGAAUGCAUAAACUGGAGGAUUAUUUGUGGGGAGGGGAUGUUUUUCGUGGCUUGGGGGGAGGGGAGGGGCUGGUUUGCUCUCUCCCUGCAAAGCCAAUGGUGCACAUUGGUUUUAAGCCCAGAAAUUCUGCUUGAGCCCUGGACAUAGUCUUAGGUUGGGCCCCGAGGGUCCUGGCCAGGUUAUCUGCCACCCUUGACCCCAACGAUACCUUUGGAAGCCAGUCAGGGGAAUGAUACCUGCUCCUGGGGCUGGUGGCUGGGACUCCUGGGUUCCGUCCCUCUCAAGUGACACGUUCUGAAUGGGGAGGACGCUGGCUCCCCCUGCCCUAUGCAAACAGACAUGCUUCCCCCUCGCGCCCAGGCCCCGAAGCUCUGAGCAUGUCCCAUGCACAGUCCAGUGACGGGCAGGACAGAGCAUAUUAAGGCAGGAGAGUAGGGACACGGCAUUGAGCUUGGGGGUGUGGGAAGGGGCCUUCUGGCCUAAAGAGUAGGGCCACUCCCCUGAUCCCUCCGGGGAUUCCUCUCCAAACUGUGAAUUCUCGCCUUCAUGGGGCUUCGUCCUGGGAGAAUCUCUGGGUGGCAUCGCCAACAGGUCUUACUCACCACCCUCGUUCCCCAAAUUCCCUCCCUCCCGUUAAACGUCAGCCCAGACCUCUGUGGAAAGCAAGCUGCACCUGAUCAUCCCAGGGACACACGCCCAGGAGUGUAAGCCCAGGCCUGGGGCAGCAGAGACCCCUCCUCCUGUCCCCAUGGCACCUGGGGUCUGACUUUGGACCCCUCGCCCCGGGACCCUGUCUCUAGCUCUGCUCAUCCACCUCUGCUCCACUUCUGAGCCGUCCCAGGAACGGCUUUGCUGCUACAUCAAAGCUGGACUAGGUGUCUUCUUGCAGGAGGCAUCAUGAAUUGAGGGCGCCACAGUUCCAUGCAGGAAGAAGUAGCCUGUUGGUGCAAGGUGGCUUCCUUGUCGUUACCCCUGCAAGUCAGAGAUUUUUCCUGCCAUGAGUGACUGUGAGAUGACCAGGCAGGUGAUACUUAGAGGCUUAAUUGGAUGAAGGCUGAGGCUAAGGGGGUCUCUGCUGGAGGCGAGACCAUUUUGGAACUGAUUUGACCUCAGAUGCUCCUAAAAAGAGCAUUUGGUCGUCCUCCAGCAAUGAGUGUUGUUUAGCGGGUAGAUGAAGGAAGUCUGUCCAAAAGGAAGCCACUUGGUCUCCUGGUGCCUUGGUUGACUAUUUUGGGAGCCGGGCAGAUCAAGAUUCUCAAUUCAGCACUUUUCUCUUUUAAUAACUAACCAUCCAAAGAUCUCAAAGUGGUUUGGUUUUUUUCUGCUUCCGCUUUUCAGCAGAUUUGGUCAUCAUCCUAUUUUUGCCAAGAAUGAAAGGCAGUCACGUGUUUAACAGACGAGGGGGAAUCCCUGAAUCCCGGUUCACCCUGCAUUCCUGCACUCAGUGCUAACCCGUUGCUUUUAAGGAGCUCUGCCGUGUCCAAGGGCGUUCGCACUGCCAACUAAAUGGAGCCUCCCUCUCUGCAAGCUUUCGCUCAUUUGUAUAUUCAUUUAUUUAUCCAGUCAUUCAUUCAUGAAACUUGCAUUAAAUACCUGCUCUGUCCCAGGCCCAGUGCUAAGCACUAGAAAUCCAAAGGUGAAAUAAAACCUAGUCCCUGCUCUCAAGGGACUCACAUCCCACUGCGGACAACAGAAUCCUAAACCAGCAAUUAAUGCCAUAAUAGUCGUAUGUGUAGGAACAUCAGGAAAUCAGAGGGAGUGGCCCAAUCCACCUAAGGGUCAGAGGAGGUUCCAAGGAGAAAGUGACAUUUGAGCAGGAUUUUGCAGGAUGAACAAGAGUUCACCAAGUAGACAAGACAAGGAAGAGUGUUGCAGAAAGGGAACAGCAUAUGCAAAGACACAUGAGUUCACAGCCUCACACUUUUCACUGGGGAUCCAGAUUCCACAGGCAAUAUCCCAAGAUUCAAGGCCUUAUUUAACAAACAAGCAAAAUGCAAACCAAACCAUAAUUCAUGUAUGCUUUCUCCUGAGAACUUUAGCAUUGGAUCCAAACAUACAAUGAGAUUGCUGGAGUCCAAAAGGUUUUUAAGCCAGGGCGCAACCAGAAACGUUGGCUCUCUUUGGUGGAGAGAGUGGCUCCAAUAUUUUGUUCUCUCCCCACAGGGCACAGACAGAGAAAUGAAAUCUUUUUUAUCUGGAAAGUCAUUUCCAGACUUAUUCACUCCUUAUCAAGGGAAGUUACUUAUAAAACUUUUUAAGCCAUUUAUCAGCCAGUCCUCGUUGACUCAGGGCAUAGUGAGUUCCUGAGACGUUCUCUUUUGGAAGUGGAGGUGUUGCUGUGAGAAUUUCAAGGAAAACCUUCUCAGCAGCGCUCAAGAAACUUGCUAGAGGUUGGUGAAAACAUAGGGAGCCCAGAGGACAGGGUGCUGGCUCAGGCAGAGCCCACGCAGAAGAACUUCUGUGGCCGACGGUCCGGAAACGAAUCCAUCACACAUUAGUGCCAUAGAGUUUAGUAAAUGUCGCCAGCAAAUCUCAUCACUUUUACAGAAAACAAGGUCCAGUCAUGGCAAAUCUUAGCACAUCCUCACUUUUACUAUAAAUGGGUGUUUUUUAAUAAUUUUUACUGACACUCAGUAACCAUGCAAAAUCGUGCACAACAUUAAUACAAUCUGUAUAUCUAUACCUGUCUAUAUCUAUCUGUAUAUCAGCUCAUGGUAGAAAACCAUAGCUAGGGAGCCUUGCCAACUUACGCAUACAAAGUGAUCUUGUUUACAGUAUUCUGUUGACAGUGCCAAUAAAUGAUCAAGAAAUAACACGUCACAGUGUAACUGAUGACCAUAUGCGCAAGUCCAUGAACUCAGUCUGUUUCCUGUGUUAAUCAGUAUUCUUAAAUUAAAAACAAAAUAUUUAUAAUGGAAACAUCAGAGUAAAUGUGGUCUUUUUGGUUGGAAAUGGUUUUGGUAAGGACUUCUUUCACAAGUUCUUAUGAAGCGCCUAUGAUUAAGCACCUCUUAGGGAUGUCUUGGGGGAAUUCUCUUCCUGCGUUAAGUCUGCC